GAUGGCGAAGCGCGGAAACCGAAGCGGGGAAACUGAAACGGCAACCACCGGGCGACAAUGGCGGCGGGGCCUGGUGUUGCUAUGCAGAGCGGUAGCCCUGCGAGAGAGCUCUCUCUCUCGAUCCAACAAGCGGGGAGUCAGACUCAUGGAGAUCGGAUUAAACCCGAAGAGGCAACCGAGGCAGAGAAGCAGAAUCGCAUGGCAGCUCUGCUGGAGAGGCUCCACGCCAAACACAAUGCUUCACGGCCAUGGCAGGAGACCUGCAAGGUUGUGCGUCAGGCCAUGGAGAAACGCGGUGGGAUGAAUGCAGCGGGUCACCAGCUUCUGCUCACCUGCUUGGAGACCCUGCAGAGAGCGCUGAAAGUCUCAUCUUUGCCCUCCAUGACAGAUCGUCUAGAAUCAAUCGCUCGGCAAAACAUGCUGGGCUCUCAUCUCAGCACAUCAGGCACAGAGUGUUACAUUACAUCAGACAUGUUCUAUGUGGAGGUGCAACUGGACACCAACGGCCAGCUAGUGGACGUCAAGGUGGCUCAUCAGGGAGAAAAUCCCACGAGUUGUCCUGAGCUGAUUCAGCAUCUGAGGGAGAAGAACUUUGAAGAAUUUUCCAAACAUCUGAAGGGACUGGUAGAAUUGUACAAGCUCCCUGGGGACAACAAGCUGAAAACCAAGAUGUAUAUUGCCCUACAGUCGUUGGAGCUUGAUCUCACCAAGAUGAUGCACAUGUUUAGGUUAGCAACCAAUGCUAAUACAGUGGAGACUAUUCUUCAUGGAAGUGUGGGCUUGUUGACUGCCAGGAGUGGUGGCCAUCUAGUUACUCUUCAGUGUUAUGUGUCUCCUUAUGACAUAUUUGAGGAGGGAACCGGCUCACAGCUUAACUUAACAGACAACAAUGUUCCACGUUCUCUGGGUGUCAGUGUUUCUGUGACAAUUGAGGGAACCUCCGCCGUCUACAAGCUCCCGAUCGCUCCACUGAUCACUGGAUCCCACCCAGUGGACAACAAGGGGACGCCUUCCUUUUCCACUGUGACCAACUCCAACUGUGUGGACCUGCCAGCUUGUUUUUUCCUCAAGAUGAACCGCCCCAUGCCUUUCUCACUAUCCUUUAUUCAGAGGCUGGGCAAUGCUACUUCGAUCCCAGUGUUUGAGAGCUCACCCAGCCUCUCGCCUCUCUACCAGUUAAUUGUCCAGAGCCAGCUCCAGGUCCUGGAGGAGGGCGUCUCCACGCCGCCGCCCUCACACAACAUGCACUUUUAUUCUGUAUUGCCAGAUCAGGCACACUGCUACUUUCUGAAUGGUGAUGCCCCAGUGCAAGAUGGUCAUUCUCUUCAAGGAGCACUGGUUUCAAAGAUCCCCUUCCGCCACCCAGCACAAGUGCCACUUUUGUUGGAUAUCAUUCGGCACCAGGCAGCCUAUAACAACUUGAUUGGGAGCUGUGUGAGACGAACCUCUAUCAGAGAAGACAGUGCAGGUCUGCUGCAAUUUGAAGUAUGUCCUCUUACCGACUCGAGUUUCAGCGUCUCUUUCCAGCAUCCAGUGAAUGAAUCAUUAGUCUGUGUUGUCAUGGAAGUUAUUGACUCCAGACAAGUAUCCUGCAAGCUAUAUAAAGGACUGUCGGAUGCUCUGAUCUGCACUGAUGAAUUCAUAACCAAAGUGGUCCAGAGAUGCAUGUCCAUCCCUGUAACCAUGCGGGCCAUUCGGAGGAAAGCAGAGACCAUCCAGGCAGACACUCCUGCCCUCUCACUUAUAGCACAGACAGUGGAGAUCAUGGUGAAGAAUAACCUGCCACCUUCUGGUAGUCCCUCCUACAUGACAGGCAUGGCAGCAGGCGAUGGAACUAACCCUAUGGGAAUGCCUGGGCUCACAGGGGGAAACACACCUACUGGAGGCGGACCGCCUGGGGGACCUAAUUUUGCAGGUCCAAUUACUUCUCUGUUUGGGAUAUCCCGAACAGAGAGGCAAUCCCAAGAGGGAGGGUGUCCAACUCAAGGAGGGCAGGCUGGACAGCAACAGCUUCAGCAGCAACAUCAGCAACAACAGCAGGCUGGUCAAGGCCACGCAGAUGACUAUAACAAAGUCACCCAGAAUCCCAUACUGACAAGUCUUUUACAGAUAACUGGAAGUGUGGGUUCAAGUCCCAGCUCCCAGAAUGCACCACAGCCACACCAAACUCCACCCCCAACAUCCUCCCCUGCCAGCAACACCAAGAAUCACCCCAUGUUGAUGAACUUAUUGAAGGACAACCCCACACAAGAUUUUGCCACACUGUACGGUUCUAGUCCAUUAGAGAGGCAGAACUCUUCUUCAGGCUCCCCACGGACAGACAGCAUGGGUGGAACCUGCUCUGGAGGUAACACCAAAGGGAAGAAGAAGCGCCUGCGGGUGCCUGAAAAGGGUGGCAUGUUGCCUGGUACUGCAGCAGGUGGUGGAGGUGGUGUUUUAGGCAUGAAAUCGCAACAAGGAUCGAUGCCACCACACCACCAGCACCAUCAAGUCACACAUGAGGAUGACUUUCAUCGUGAGCUCCUCUCAAUGGAUGUGGAUGCAUCUCAAAAUUCUAUCUUUGAUGUUAACCUGACUGGUGAUGGCCUAGACACACCUCAUAGCAUCACUCCAGCACCUAGCCAAUGUGGAACGCCACCCUCUGGCCCCAGCAUGCCUUAUCCACAGUCUCAUGUCCAGCCUCAGCAACAGCAACCACCAGGUGCUGUACCACCUCGUAUGGUCCGUCUCUCUAGCUCCGAUAGUAUCGGACCUGAUAUCACAGAAAUCUUGUCUGAUUUGCCUGAGCAGACGGGCAAAGGAAGCCAUGGGCAGCAUCCCAUGGGCAGUGGUGCGGAUGAUGGAGGCCCACUGGGUACCCCAAUCCGUGACUCCUCCAGCUCAGGUCAGGGCAGCGCAGUGUUUGACUCAGCAGACAUUUUCAAUACCAACAGCAAUGAGAAUCCUUUUACUGAUGCGGCUGACCUGAUUGCUGAGGCAGCUGCAACAGCUGCCACUCCCACCAGCGAUUCUUCUUCCACAAACUUCUUCCCUGAUGCUGCUGACUUCAACCCUGACCUUCUGACCUCAGGCGGUGGCUUCUCCCAGAACUACUUUGAUGACAGCUCUCCAAGUGCUGAUGGAGACCUUGAUCUGGUGAAGGGUUUUGGAGGAAGUAGCCAGCAGAAUACCCCAUCUGGAACACCUCAGAAUCCCACUCCACAUGGACAGAGCACCCCAGAGCCCACACUGAAGGACCCUUUUGAUAUGGGGAUAGUUUUUGGAGGCAACAGUGGUGGUGGUAAACCACUUCUGGGGCAAGCUCCUGAUCUGGGAGACACACAUGGUGGAGGGUCCCAGAGCCCCCUUAUAAUGGGGCUCGGAGGAGCCUGCAGUGACUUUAAAAGUACAGAACCCAAAGUUAAACAGCAACAGGGACUUAUGCGGCCAAAGGAUGAAAAUGGGGGUAGUGGAGGGAGCAGUUCUGGGACAGGAAUGGGAAGCAGUUCAACAGAGAGUAAACAAGUCAAACGUAGCAGGACCCCAUCCAGUGAGGGAAAGUCUAAAGAAAAGCCUCCCAAACGUAAAAAGCUAGACCCAGAUGGGAAGUCCCCCUCUCAUAGCUCAGGGGGACGUCCGUAUACACCUCCUAGUGGUGGCUCAGGCUCUGGAGGAAGCAUAAGUGGAGGAGGCUCCAAGUCUCCCGGUAGUUCAGGACGAUCCCAAACCCCACCUGGUGGUGCUACACCCCCAAUUCCCAAAAUCACUAUUCAAAUUGCAAAAGGGACUAUAACUGGAGGAAAAACAUCUUCCCAUAGUGGCUACACGUCAAGCAGCUCAGCCACAAGCAGCACAGGUGGAGCAGGGGGAACCAGCAGCAGCAAAAGCCAUCAUUCCCACUCCUCUUCCUCUGGGAAGAUCAAGUCUAAGGAGGGCUCCACGACACAAGGCAACAGCUCCAAGCCAGGGAGUGCCGGAAUAGGGGGUGGAGGUGGGCCAUCCCAGUCUAAAGGCUCCUCCCAAGGAAUGGGUGUUGGAAAACCAGGAUCCUCCCCAAUCACCAAACAUGGGCUGUCAGGACCUGGAGGUAGUGGGAGUGGAAUAGGAAGUGGUAGUAAAGUAAAGACUCAGGGGGGCAAGCCUUCAGGGUCUCUUAUGAAUCCCAACAUUAAGCCUAAUAUCUCCCCUUCUCAUUCCCGCUCCAGUAGCUCUAGUGACAAAUUGUCCUCCCCUAUGAAAAUGCAGCAGUCCCAGGUUCCAGGAACCCCUCCUUCAUCCAAGGCGAAAUCGCCAAUGGGUUCAGGAGGUGGCAGUUCUGGAGGAUCCAAAUCUUCCUCUGGUGGAGGCAUGGGCUCCCAGAAGCCAAUGGGUGGAGGCUCCUCCUCUGGUUCUUCAUCUUCCUCCUCAUCUUCAAGCUCUUCCUCCUCCUCUGGUUCAAUGAACUUCUCAGGGGGCUCCCAGUCUCAGUAUGGGAGUGGUGGAGGUGGGAGUGGAGGAGGAGCAGGGGGAGGAAGUGGAGGUGGAGGUGGAGGCAGUGGUGGAGGGGGAGGAAGUGGGGGUGGCGGAGGGGCUGGUCAGAACAAUGCAAAUAACCCCAAUGCCAAAGGGAAGUCUCCCAGUCGGAACAAGAAACCCUCACUUACAGCAGUCAUAGACAAACUUAAGAGUGUAGGUGGAGGAGGAGUGGGUGAGGACGGGUGUGAGGUCGGACCUCCAGUAGGGGGAACUGGUUCAGGAUCUGCUUCUGGUGGUGGUGGUGGUCCUGGAAAUGUUCCCAGCAGUGGGUCUUCAAAUAUGGGUCCUUCCAAGCAUGCCUCGUCCUCCCAAAGCGGGGACUAUAAACGUGAGAAGUCGGAUAAAGAGGCAAAAGCUAAAGUGUCUGUUUCAGGGGGGAACAGUGGGGAUAAAAAGCUGAUGGACCCAAAAUCAGGAGGGGUGAGUACGACCGGUCUGGCCAAAAUUAUCAUUAGCAAACCUGAUGGCGGCUCACCAAGCAUCAAGGCAAAGGUGACCCUUCAGAAAGCUGUGGAUGGAUCUGGUGAGUCUAUGCGUCCCCAGAUUUCUAGCCUCAAGGCUUCCCCCCUCUUCAGUGGCUCUACUCCCAAGCAUGACCGCUCCUCCCCGAGCCACAGCCGCUCGCCAGGAUACACCCCACUUAACCAUGACAGUGAGAGUGAGUCGGGUAGCAGCUCAGUGGCCGAGAAGUCCCACCAGAACAGCCCCAGCUCAGACGAUGACCAGACCAUUCGUCCUCUUCCCCCCCAGGACUACAUGAGCUCCAUACCCCUCAGCUCUGGGGAGAAACACAAGAAGCACAAGAAGGAGAAGAAGAAGCAAAAAGAGAGGGAGCGGGAGAGGGACCGAGACCGCGAUCGAGACAGGGACAAAGAGAAAAAGAAGUCAUCUAUGUCUAUGGGGCCAUCCUCCCAUCCAGUAAAAGCAGACAGUUGGUCGCGGUCACCCAUCUCAGCUUCGGAUUCAUCUUUGUCCAUGAUGGGUUCAGAGCGUCCACCCCGGCCCAGUCCAAUAUAUAUGAGGAAUGAAGAUGAUGACCUUAUGGACUCAGCCCUGACUGGCAACCUUUGAUUUUAAUAAGAGAGCCUCUUUCUUUGACUCCAUUCUCAUUUUCUCACUCGUUUUUUAACAUAUGCCUUUUUACAUACAAAUAAACCUCUAUUUAUUUAACUCAAGCCACAAAUUGGAACUGGAUACAAGAAUGUUGUCGCACCUUGUGCUGUUAAAGCUGUAUUUUACUGUCAAAGUAUCAGCAUAUGGCAUCUGGAAAUAGAGAUGCCAGUUUUAGACCUGUUGGUUGCUUCACUGUCAUCCAAAUCCACCCCAGAUGACAGACUUCCUCAAACUUCAUUAAGGAAAUGUCUUUAUAUAUUAUAUUUUCAGAAAAAUGGUCAUUAUUUUUUUUUCAUUGUCAUUUCAUUUUUCUUUUUGAGUUUAAUAAAUCUGCUGUUCAUGUCAUUUUUGUUAAAACGGACAAGACUGGCACUAUACUGUAUGUUGUCAAAAUAAGUAUCUGUUGUCAGAUAUUAUUGUUAUCAGAAGUAUUGUAAAAAGCAAGAAGGGUACAGUGUUAAGUUGCCUUGUUUUCCAGAUACAACUGGGGAUUUUUAGAUUUUGAUACAUUUUAAACUGUUGAUGUGUAAAUUAGUGUAGGUAAAAAAAAAAGACUGAAAGUGAUGGUGAUGCUGAGAGGAUGUGAAGAUGUGACAUGCUGGUACAUUUUUAACUGUAAAGGUUUUGGAAGCUUGAAAUAAAGAUUUCACUUCUCUGAGAACUUCA